CGUGUGGGCAGCAUUGCGCUUUCUUCCGCAUAAACCCAUAAACUCAGGAAAGUUGUUCCGCCGCUCACAAACUUUCUCAACCUUAGAAAACAACACCAGGAGAAGUAUUGUACAGACUGUUAAGAUGUCUGACGACGUGCAUUAUCUCAAAGCGAAGCUAAAUGAGCGACUGGCAGCGAUGGCGCGGGAGGUAUCCGAGCUUUUUGACGGACUGGUUGCGCUCCAUGAGCGUGAAAUGCAAGUCUUAAAACUCAGGAACAUGAGACAGCAACAGAUCCUGGACUCGGUGUUGAAGCCCCGCGUUAUUUUACACAGAGCAGAUCCUAUCCAAAUUGUGUCUCAUCGGAAAGGGGAGGUUGGCUCACAGCUGGAUGUUGGAAUAACCACAGAGCUCCCGCACAUUAAAGAAGAACAUGAGGAACUGUUUAUUAAAAUGGAGCAAGAAGAGUUUACAGAAUUCCCAUAUUCUUCUGUCAAAAGUGAAGAAGACAACAAACCUGUAUUUCAGCUUCAUCUGAGCCCACCUGACAUACAGGACUUUUGUCUCAGGUCAGAUUCUCAACUACACUUAGAAACAGUUAAAAUGGAGAAAUCCUUUGACCUAAAAGAUAUGGAGGAGAGCCAAGAUGACCUAAGUGUCGCUCACAGAAGCUCUCUACAUUUCCAGUCUGAUAAUGAUGCUCAAACACAAAACUCUUCUGACACCGAUGACUCUCACGAGUGGGAUCAGGAAUCACACUCUGAUGGACACAAGUCUAAAAAUGGAGGGAUUAAUGAAGUGGUCAAUGAUGAUGAAAUAGUAUUUGAAUGCUAUAAGUGUCUGAAGACAUUUCUGCGCAAAGGAGUAAAACAUACACUAGAAAAUGACAGCAAAGGAAAAGGUCUAACUUGUUCAGCAUGUAGUGUUGUAUCUAGACGCCAAGGAAAAUGUCCCAGAAAAGUUCAUUCUGGGAGAAAACCAAUUAUCUGUGAAGUUUGUGAAAAAGGUUUCACUCGUGAGGAUAAUUUGAAUACACACAUGUUAAUUCACAAAGGGGAGCGGCCACACACCUGCACAGUGUGUAACAAAUCCUUUACAGAAGCAGGUCAUCUUAAAACUCAUAUAAGAAUUCACACAGGAGAGAAACCUUUCAGCUGUUCACUGUGUAGGAAAUGUUUCACACACAGAGCUACUCGGGACAGACAUGAGAGGAGCCAUUCUGGAAAACGACCAUACAGCUGCUCAGAGUGUGGGACUGAAUUUAAGCAAAAGGCACAUUAUCUAAGUCACUUGCAAGUCCAUAGCAGAGAGCGGCCCUACAGCUGCCCUGUGUGUAACAAAAACUAUAAAAGAAAUAGUCAUGUCACUUCCCAUAUGAAGGUUCACACUAGGAAACCAAUUCAAUGUGAAAAAUGUGAUGAAGUCUUUAAAGCUCAUUCCUCUUUUAAAAAACACAUGAAAUCCCAUCUGACAGAGGAAGCAAUAUGUAUCACAUGAUUACUUCCCUAAUCCCUGAUUGGCUCCUGAUUAAACAGAAAAUAUAUAUUUACUUUGCCAUAAUAAGUGUCCGGUACUUUGCUUGUUAGGGGCAAUUUAAUAGAGGAAGUUACAUAUCAUAAGCAUUAAUGGCAAAGUAAUUCUUUACUUGAGUUUUGAGUUUUUCUCUUGAAUAAAAUGAUACUGCAUCAAGCUUUAAUCUUCAUUCAUUACACACACAUUCCACAGACUGUGUAUAUAAAUGGACAUAGCUAACUCGCUUCCAUUUAGGAAGUGAAUAUGGGGGAGCUUCUGUUUCCAUUGACUUUACAUUGUAAUAUUUUCGCCCCAUCUCUUUGUAAUUGCUGCAGUGAGUCUCCUCAUUUUGGUCCUAAAAUGUUUAAUUAACACACUUUACACUACCCUGGUGUUUUUAUCUGUUAUUUUGUCCAUAAAUACAUUUAUAUUCCUGAUAUGGAAUUCAGCUGCAAAUUCACCCCUAUAACCUCUAGCAUCAUGAGCGUCAUCUGACUGGAGAUGAACGC